GCAGAUUUCCGCCUCGUUGUCAUUCUUCGCCAAAGUCGCACGCGCUGUAUCUGAGUCGUACGGAUUGCGGCGAUUUUCUGCACCGCUAUUUUCAGGGCGAACUUCGCAAAAAGACUUCUAGCAAGUCGCACGCACCAUCGCCACCACCAGACCAGAAGCAUGAUGCUGGCACGAGAACCAUUCUCAAGGCGGACCCCUGCGUAAUUCAUGAUGAAUAAGGCGGUAAUCACUCAAGGCUAGUGCUUCGCAACUCUCGUUUGUAUCACUGAGUUCAUCCAGUGUUAGUUGGUCGCAUUUCCAAGAGUCUGCGUGACAUCCGCCCUCCGUUCCUGCUUUUAUGCCCAACCGCUCUCCAUCCGCCCUCAGACGACAUGCUGCCCACCCGGCGGAAGGCACGCCGCGAAAUGCGCGCGCCGAAUCCAACCGCGCGGCUUUCCCCUCUCCUCCUCCUCCUCCCCCUUCUUCUGCUGUCGGGGCGCGGCUCGGGGCUCAUCUUAGCUGACGCCGCGGCAUGCCAGGCGUCCACCCUCUCGGAAUUCACGAGCUCCGUCGACCUCUCGGGCAACGGUCUCGUGCUGCACUGGUCGCUGGACGGCACUCCAGCCACGCUCCAGCUGGCCCUAGAAGCCAAGGCUGGCAGUGGCGCGGAGUCAGGGUGGAUAUCUGUGGGGUGGUCGCCCUCUGGCAGCAUGUUCCCUGCCGAUUGCGUCAUCGGGAAUCUUCCCAACGGGGCCGUGGGCGCAUACUACAUCGACGGCUACGAUCUCUCUAACGUGCAGCCCACUGAUUCGUUCUCGAUUGGUGCCGCCGCGUCGACGGAAUCAGCCAAUGGCGGCGCGGCAGUUGUGCGGUUCGCCCGCGUAGCGGGGGACGGGUCGGUGGCUGUGGAUGUGGCGGGGAGUAACACGGUGAUAUGGGCUUUCUCCGAGUCGGGCUCGCAGGCGCUUGACUUCCACGGGCGCAACGAUGGCCGUGCGACUGUGGACUUCUCGUGUGUGGGCGCAGCAGCAGACACGGGCAGCACAGGCAACACUGCCAGCACUGGGAAUACUGGAAACACCGGGAAUACUGGGAUGACUGGCAGCACGGGCGGCACUGGCAGCACGGGCGGCACUGGCAGCACGGGCAGCACUGGCAGCUCAGGCGGCACUGGCAGCACGGGCGGUACUGGCAGCUCGGGCGGCACUGGAAGCACGGGUGGCACUGGAAGCUCGGGCGGUACUGGCAGCACGGGCGGCACUGGAAGCACUGGAAACGCCGGAGGAGGCAUCGAUGGUUUGCCUCCCAUUGAUUUGCCGCCCAUAGAGCUGCCGCCCUUCCUCAACGACUCCCUCUCCUUCCCAGGGCUCCCGGGGUUCCCUGGCGGCCCCCAUGGGCCCGGGGAUGGGCCUGGGGAUGGGGCGGCAGGCAAUUUGACAUGGGAGGGACCAUGGGGGAACAUGACAUGGGAUGGGCCAUGGGGUAAUGGCAUGAUUGGGAAUGGCUCAUUCCCCCCCCCAUGGGGCAAUCUCUCUUGGGCUAAUGUGACUUGGAGCAACGGCACGCUUUCCGGUCCGUGGGGCAACUUCUCCCUCAAUGCCACGUGGCCUCUUCCUGAGCCUUGGGGCAAUGCCACGUGGCCUCCUGGCUCAUGGGGCAAUGCCACGUGGCCUCCUGGCUCAUGGGGCAAUGCCACGUGGCCUCCUGGUCCAUGGGGUAACGGCACGGGGCAGGGCCCAUUCGGCAACCUGACAUGGGAUGACGCCAACUGCAGCAGCGGGAAUGUGACUGGGGGAGGAAUCGGGGGGGGGCCUUCUAGGGGGGGGGGUCCCGUCAGUGGCAUACUUAGCUGGAUAUUUGGGUGGGGUGACCACAGCGGGGGUGGUGGCGAUGGCAAGGAGCCACCCGGGGAGCCGGGCUGGUCGGGAGAGAGUCUCGAUGAUGAUGAUGAUGAUGGUCGAGGUGGUAGCAGUGGUUUUGGUGAGCGGGGUGAGGGUGGUGAUGAUGAUCAUGGUCCUGGCGGCAGCGGUGACAGCAGUGGUAGUGGUGGUGGCAGCAGUGACAGCAGUGGCAGCAGUGGUGGCAGCAGUGACAGCAGUGGCAGCAGUGGCGGCAGCAGUGACAGCAGUGGUAGUGGUGGUGGGUCGUCUGGUGGUGAUGAUGGAUACGGUGAUGAUUACAGCGGGGGAGGCUCAUCCGGGGGAGGUAUCAACCAGGGGGGGUCCAGCGGAGGGGGGACAGCAUGUCAGGCGUCGAGCCUGCCUGGUUACAACUACUCGGCAGACCUCUCAGGAAAUGGCCUCAUUCUCCAUUGGACGCUCGCUCCCAGCCAAUCACAGCUCACCAUGGCCCUGGAAGCCACGUCCGCGAGCGGGGGAGCCAACGGGUGGAUCUCCGUGGCCUGGUCGUCCAAUGGGAAGAUGACACCUAGCGAUGCCGUCAUUGGGAACAUGCCUGGCGGCGCUGUGGGCGCAUACUCCAUAAGCGGCUACAGUGUGUCGGACGUACAGCCUACAAGCAGCUUCAGUAUUGGCAGCAGCGCCGGGACCUCAUCUCAAAAUGGCGCCACUGUUGUGAAGUUUUCCCGUGCGGCAGGGGAGGGUGGGGUUCCCAUGAGCAUCAAUGGCGCCAACACGCUCAUCUGGGCCUUCUCAGAGUCCGGCUCGCAGUCGCUCGACUUCCAUGGCCGCAACUAUGGUGCCAAGACAGUCAACUUCAAUUGCGGAAACACGACCACCGCAGGAUCAGCAAUCAAGACAACUGACACUGCCUCCAGUGGGGUCGUGCAAGGGACUGGAGAGAAAACUUCCACUCAAGGAAAACAUGCAAGACAGCUGAGUUCCAGCACCAGCUUCCUUGCUGGUAUUAUCAUUGCACUGGCAUGCAUCUUGUUUUAUGCGUAGUAUGGAAAUGUUUGGCAAUGGAGCCUUUGUAUCUCAAAUCCAGACUACAAACUAGAGUGCACCUUGCUCACACGAAUCCGCUUGUUUCAGUCACCCCUUACACCUGAAACGAGGAUCCGCCGCGGGGCCAGAGCAACCAAUGCGCCUGUCGCACCACGUCCGAAGCAGCCUUUACCAGACCAAGCUUCGAGGUGGGUCAAUCUGCU